GAACCCUUCCCCUCAGCCCCAACCCCACUCUUUACCUUUUCUUAAUCACCACUCUUUCUAUUUCUCUCUCUCAACUCUCAAUUCUCAACUCUCAACUGUAUUUAUAUUCUGAUUACCACCAAAGUUCUUAAAACCCACAUUUCCAUAUAUUUUUCCAAAUGAAGGAGGAAUCAGUAAGCAACAUGGUGAAGCAGAUGGGAAAUGCUUUAAGAAGUAUGGUGAAAAGAAAAGCUCGUGCUCUUAAAGCUCGUCUAAUAAUUUACUCAUUGUUAGCUCAAUCAAAUUUCUUUGUUUCUUCCUCUAUUCCUUUAACAACAAUCUCUACUCAUCAUCACAAUCAACAACAUUCUCAGUUACAAGCAGUAGUUGAAGAUCAUCAAGUUGCUGAAACACAGCAAGAAACAGAGCGAGAAACAGGGGUGUGUACAAAGUAUGAAGAAGCAGAGGCAGAAGCAGAAGCACCAGCAAGUGGUUCGGUGAUUGAGAUGGUGAAGAAUUCAAAGGAGAAAGCUGGUGAAGAGUUUAGUCUUGAAAAGGAUAUUGAUCAUGUUGCUGAUUUGUUCAUCAGAAAUUUUCAUCAGCAGAUGAGGAUGCAGAAGCAGAAUUCUCUUAACAGAUCUCACCAAGAACUGCUUUUUCGUUGAACCCUCCGAUUCUUUUUCUUUUUUCGAGGCUUAUGAUUGUGCAGUGGAAAUCCAAUUAUGUACGUUUGGGAAUUGGGAUGGAAAUUGGUAACUUAUCCACGGACCACGUUGUUGGGUUCAGAUCGGCAACAUAAGCACUACUCUGCUUCAUGUUCUUACUUGCUUCUUGUUUUUUUCUUUUAUCAUAUUCAAUCAAUUGCUAUUCACACUAUAAUUCAAUAAACUUUUGUAUAUAUUUUGUAUUCAUGGGCUAAUACUUUGGCUCUUGUAUCUAGCUGUUCAAUUAACCUAACACUUUGUAUAAUUCAAUCCAAAUUAUAAUUUUGGAUUGAGUUGGAUUAGGUUAAAAAAAGUUGUUAUUUGUUGGGUUGAAAAGUUUCAUUUUCCUACCCAGCCAUGCUUCUAUGUGGAUUUUGUAGAUUGAAACUAUCUAAAGUUUAUGAUUCCAAUUCAAUUGAAAUUUUUAA